CUAUGAUGAAAAGCUGUCCGCACGCAGCCAUUUGACGUCACAUUGCAGCGAUUACAAAACAACCAGCUUUGCACGAGAUAAGGCCAUCAUUCGACGUUAUCAGAUCAUCGGAAAUAAUUAUCAGACAAGAACAGACUGUGUACCAUGGCUCUCAGAGGUGCUGUGACUCGUUUGCUCUCCAACGCUAGGAAACGUGCUGCAGUCUCAGCCUCCCGGGCACAGGGCACAGCAGCAGCUUCACCAGCCCAAAACGAAGCCGAAGUGGUCACCAAGAAGUCAGUAAAAGCAACCAAGGUGCAGUUUAACUGGCGUGACGCCCUGGAGCUGGACGGCCUGCUGACAGAGGAGGAGGUGAUGAUCAGAGACUCUUUCAGGACCUACUGCCAGGAGAAACUAAUGCCACGCAUCAUCAUGGCCAACAGACACGAACAUUUCCACCGUGAGAUUGUCUCAGAGAUGGGAGAGCUGGGUGUCUUGGGGCCAACCAUCCAAGGUUAUGGUUGUGCCGGAACCAGCUACGUGGCCUACGGGCUCAUUGCCAGGGAGGUGGAGAGGGUGGACAGUGGCUACCGGUCAGUCAUGAGUGUCCAGUCCUCACUGGUCAUGCACCCCAUCAACGCCUACGGCACAGAGGAACAGAAGGAGAAGUGGCUACCCAGGCUAGCUCGUGGGGAGAUCUUGGGCUGUUUCGGCCUGACUGAGCCCAACCACGGCAGUGACCCCGCGGGCAUGGAGACCAAGGCCAAGUACAACCCCUCCAGUAGCACCUUCACCAUCAGCGGAGCCAAGACAUGGAUCACCAACUCACCCGUGGCAGACAUCGCGGUGGUCUGGGCCAAGUGUGAGGAUGGCAGGAUCAGAGGCUUCAUCCUGGAGCGUGGCAUGAAGGGCCUGGCAACGCCUAAGAUCGAGGGCAAGUUCUCUCUGCGGGCGUCGGCCACAGGCAUGAUCCUGAUGGACGAGGUGGAGGUGCCCCAAGAGAAUAUGUUGCCCAACGUCUCUGGACUGGCCGGUCCCUUCGGCUGCCUGAAUAACGCCCGCUACGGUAUCGCCUGGGGAGCUCUAGGUGCUGCCGAGUUCUGCUUCCACGCUGCCCGCCAGUACACACUGGACAGGAUCCAGUUUGGCGUGCCCCUGGCCAGGAACCAGCUGAUGCAGAAGAAGAUGGCUGACAUGCUGACAGAGAUCACCAUCGGCCUGCAGUCCUGUCUGGCCCUAGGCAGACUCAUCGAUGACAAGAAAGCGGCCCCUGAGAUGAUCUCCAUGCUGAAGAGGAACAGCUGUGGGAAGUCCCUGGACAUCGCCAGGCAGGCCCGAGACAUGUUGGGAGGCAACGGCAUCGCAGACGAGUACCACAUUAUCAGACACGUCAUGAACCUGGAGGCCGUCAACACAUACGAAGGUACCCAUGACAUCCAUGCCUUGAUCCUGGGCCGAGCCAUCACUGGACUGCAGUCAUUCACUGUUGAGAAGUAAACUCUCCUCCUUGUCCUAUUACAACGGACUGAAUAACAGACUUAAAGUAGACUGGGAAAGCCUUGAGCGACCCAUCUAUCUGCCUUCUGAGAAGUAAUCACUGAGGGUGUGUGCCUGACUGCUGAUGGACUUCCAUCCCCAAGUGCCUCUGUUUGGUGAGAGAAUAUUAAAGUAAAAGUCAACCUGAAAGAAACACUGGGUCCAAAUAUGAGACGGUUGUGUUUUGCUUAUGUACCUGUACUCAAUCAAUCGACGAUUGAAAUACAAUGUCAGCUUGAAUGCUGAUACAGUAGCUUCAGUCUCCUACUACGAAGUGAUGUCACAAUGGCAUGUAGCAUGUUGAUAAGGGAUCUGUAUAGAUUAGAAAAAUAUGUUAUGGAAUAAGUUAACUUAAUGGGUGAGAGGUUGUACAGUAUGUAUGUGUAUCUUUAGAGAUUUGUUUACAACUGGUCUAUUUGAUUUAUUUCUAGGUGAAAGAAAUGAACUGUACAUAAAGCAUAUUUUGAAAUUAUGAAUUGUAUAAUUUCGUAAUUGUGAUACCGACGGCUGACCUAAAUCAGCGCCCUGUUUGAGGACAGAGAAUAUCCCAAUUCAAUGAUCUGCCAUAUCGAAAUAGUCAUAGGAUUAGGGACUCAUUUGCAAAUUAUUUUUUUUUCUCAUUAUUUCACAUUAUCUGGUCAAAAAAAGCCAUUGACACACAAUCACACUAACUGAAAUGACAAAGAAGCGAACCUUGGAUUUGUAACAACACACUCAGGUUUAUUAACCAAAACAGCACUUACAAAAGCACCAGACUUAAAACUACAGAGCAGGUAUAUUUAAUCAGCUAGUUAACACUUGAACCAGCACCGUUAUACUAUAACCAACCACUGCACGGGGCUGGCACAGUACAGAGGGGUCAUCAGUGGCUUCCCAAAGGGUUCCCAAAGGGUUCCAAAAGGGUUCUUUGGCUGUCCCCACAGGAGAACCCUUUUUGGUUUCCAUGUAGAACCCUCUGUGUAAAGGGUUCUUUAUGGAACCCAAAAGGGUACUACAUUGAACUAAAAGGAUACUACCUGGAACCAAGAAGGGUUCUCCUAUGGGGACAGGCAAAGAACCCCUUUGGAACCCUUUAUUUCUAAGAGUGUAGUCACUCAGUACUCCGGUGCAGAGUCAGGCCCCUGUUGAGUCCUGCCAGGGCCUGGGAGACGGUGUGGAGCUCAGUGUUGAGCUUACUGCAGCUCUCCAGCACCAGGGUCAGCUCCUGGAGCGUGGCCUGCAUGGCAUGGCUGUUUUCCUCAUAGACAGUGUACAUGUGCUCCUUCAUCUGCCCGCAGAUCUCACCCACCUGAUGGAGAGCAUUGACAUGGAAUAGUAUGUAGAGUACGCUAUAAUGAAACUGUUGGACAGUCUAUGACAAUGUAGUACAACACAACGGCCUACAAAUAUAACAUAAUAUAACACUCAUUUAUACAUAUGUGCAUUUAGUUUCUUGAAGUACAUUUUGAAUUGUUGAGCAACUGGUGUGAUAACUAUGCCCUAUGUACAUAGUCAUUGAACACUGGUCACUUUAACGAUGUUUACAUACUGUUUUACCCACUUCACAUGUAUAUACUGUAUUCUAGUCAAGGCUUUUACUAUAUAAUUACUGAUGUACACACCUUUUCUAUUCAUAUACUGUCCAUAAUGCCUAUACACACCAACACAUACAUAUAUAUUUAUAUUCUGGACUCUGACAUUGCUCAUUCUAAUAUUUUUAUAUUUCUUAAUUCCUUUUUUAUUUUUGGGAUUUGCGUGUAUUGUUUUGUAUUGUUAGGUAUUACUGCACUGUUGGAGCUAGGAACAUAAGCAUUUUGCUACACCCGCAAUAACAUCUGCUAAAUAUGUGUACACAACCAAUAAAAUGUGGUUUGAUAAACCGUGA